CUCGCGGUCCAGGCAUUGGUUUAUUAUGGGAGGCAAAUUGUGGCAACACUGCGUACUGAUGCUCGCCUUUGUGGUGGGCGCGUGUUGGGGCCACGGGCGGCUGGUGGACCCCCCCUCGCGGGCGUCUGCCUGGAGAUUCGGCUUUGCUGUGCCCGUCGACUACAAUGACAACGAGGGCUUCUGCGGGGGCUUCGCGCACCAGUACGAGAACCAGAGCGGGCGCUGCGGCAUCUGCGGCGACGCGUGGGACGAGAACCCGCGGCCGCACGAGGCCGGCGGGAAAUACGCCACCGGGACGAUCGUGCGCACGUACACGGAGGGCCAGACGAUCACCGUGCGCGUCGACAUCACCAGCAACCACCGCGGCCACUUCGAGUUCCGCAUCUGCCCCAACAACAACCCCAGCGUCGAGGCGUCGCAGACCUGCCUCAACGCGCACCCUCUGUUCAAGGCCGACGGAUCAGGCUUCGAGCACAAGAUCAGCACCAACAACGGAGAGCAUGCGGUGCAGCUGCAGUUGCCCCCGGGCCUUACGUGCACCCAGUGUGUCAUGCAGUGGCGCUACGUGGCAGGAAACAACUGGGGCUAUUGCGAGGACGGCACCGGGGCGGUCGGAUGCGGACCCCAAGAGGAGUUCCGCGCAUGCGCUGAUGUGGCGGUGGUUGCGCAGCCAACAUGGUCCACGCCCGAUCCGAUCACGCUGAGCCCGACUGAGAAGCCGCCCCCGCCGCCCACAACGACCCGGCGCCCAACGUCCACCAGAAGGACCACCAGACCACCAACAAGAAUGACCACGAGCCCGAGGCCCACCACGACGCCCGCGCCUUUCACUUGCGGAGCCGUGGGCAUCUGGAAGAACUUCCCCGGAAUGAACGAAUGGUGCAUCACUAACUGCCUGCACACGCCUCCCUAUUGCCCCGCCUCCCACUGCUCGUGCGACUAACGACCCUUUCGACAGCGGGUCGUUAUGGCGGCGGGGCGGGAAACCCUUCACUAGUCAGGGACGAAGGGAAGGCUCUCGCUCGCCACGCCGGUGACUCGUAGCCACAGUGAGGCUAUUCUUCUAAAUGCCAAUGAUGCAUUUCUUGAUUAUUAUAUUGCAUGUUUUAAGCACUUUGAUUGUUUUGCUUUAAGUGUGAUUGCAGGGAAUUAUUUCCUUUAUUGUUAUAUGUGGUGAUCUGCAAAUAUGCUUGUGUUUAUUUAUACAAGUUAGUGUGAUUAUUUAUUUUGUGGUUAGUGCAAUCCGCGUAAAACCUAGUCAAACAAUUGAUUAACUCGCUGUGAGAUGUGACGUGUCUUUGAUCUUGCGUGCUUCCCUAAAACAUAUGAAAUAAUCCAGUAUAAACUAUCCUGUAAAUCAUGGAGAAAUCAAUAAUUGCAAAAAAUAUGCAUGUUAGAUUUACACAGGACUUAUAUAUAUAAUUCUGAAAAUUUGUACCCAUUGCAUCAUUACAAUAAGAUCAUUUUUCCUUAACUUCUAUGAAAUCACUAAGGAAACACGCAGUUAAGGUCGCACACGAACACAGCGUAACGUGAACCUUAGGAAACCUAUUUGUGCCAUAGCGUGAAAGAUGAUUUUGCUCUUGGAUAUGCGAGUCUUACCCCACUGUCAGCGGGUUUAUUUACUGCCCCAUUAGAUUUUAGUGAGUUUUGUUACAUAAAGAUGGCUCCACGUGUGCUCAUGAGUAAAGAAUCGAUCAGUUGGCCCUCGUGACAUUGUUAUCAUUCUUAUUCAUAUUAUGAUUAUUAGAUUGUUAUUGAAUAUUAAUAACAUCAAAAACAAUAAAAUAAUAGAAGAGAAGCUUUCAAAAAUGAAGGAAAAGAGUAAACAAGAUG